CACAGAGAGAUCUCCCAGAAUGAUGCCUUGGAAGUCAUAGAAGCUAAUGUGUUUUCCAGCCUUCCCAAACUACAUGAAAUAAGAAUUGAGAAAGCAAAUAACCUUGUGUACAUUGACCAAGACGCCUUCCAGAAUCUUCCUAGCCUCAAAUAUCUGUCAAUAUCAAACACUGGCAUUAAGUUUUUACCUACUGUACAUAAGCUACAAUCUCUCCAGAAAGUUGUAUUAGAUAUUCAAGAUAAUAUAAAUAUACGUACAAUUGAAAGGAAUUCCUUCAUGGGCCUGAGUUCUGAAAGUGUCAUUAUACGACUGAAUAAAAAUGGAAUUCGGGAAAUUCAGAAUCAUGCAUUUAAUGGAACCUACUUGGAUGAGCUAAAUCUUAGUGAUAAUCACAAUCUAGAAAAAUUAUCUAAUGAGGUUUUCCAAGGAGCCAAUGGCCCAGUUGUUCUGGAUAUUUCAAAGACAAGAAUCAGUUUCCUGCCUGCCUAUGGAUUAGAAAAUAUUAAGAAGCUAAGAGCACGAUCUACCUACAAUUUAAAAAAGCUGCCUGCCUUAGAGAACUUUGUUGCACUGAUUGAAGCUAACCUCACCUAUCCUAGCCAUUGCUGUGCAUUCACAAAUUGGAAAAGACAAAUUUUUGCAUUGCAUCCAAUAUGUAAUAAAUCUGAUGUCAUGCAAGAUGCUGAUGAGCAGCCUGCGGACAGGGUGCACAGAAGAUCUGCAGCUGAGGAUUACAUUUCCAACUACAUAGGUUUUGACUCACUAGAAAAUGAAUUUGACUUUGACUACGGCUUAUGUAAUGAAGUAGUACAUGUGGCUUGCUCUCCUAAGCCUGAUGCCUUCAAUCCUUGUGAAGAUAUCAUGGGAUACAAUAUUCUCAGAGUCCUGAUAUGGUUUAUCAACAUUCUAGCUAUCACUGGGAACAUCACUGUAUUGGUUAUUUUAAUAAGCAGUCAAUAUAAACUCACUGUCCCUCGGUUUCUAAUGUGCAAUCUUGCAUUUGCAGACCUUUGUAUAGGCAUCUAUCUGUUGUUGAUUGCAUCUGUAGAUAUACAGACCAAAAGCCAGUAUUACAACUAUGCCAUAGACUGGCAAACUGGUGCGGGAUGCAGUGCUGCAGGGUUUUUCACUGUGUUUGCGAGCGAACUUUCAGUUUACACACUGACUGUGAUCACUCUGGAAAGAUGGCAUACAAUCACCUAUGCCAUGCAACUGGACCGCAAGGUUCGAUUUCGGCACGCCAUGGUUAUUAUGAUUUUUGGUUGGAUGUUUGCCUUCACUGUGGCCCUUCUUCCCAUAUUUGGAGUCAGCAGCUACAUGAAAGUCAGCAUUUGCUUGCCCAUGGAUAUAGAAACACCCCUUUCCCAGGCUUAUAUCAUAUUCCUUUUAGUACUGAAUGUUCUUGCAUUUAUGAUCAUCUGUACCUGUUACAUCUGCAUCUACUUUACAGUGAGAAACCCUAAUGUCAUCUCUUCAAACAGUGACACCAAAAUUGCCAAGCGCAUGGCUAUACUGAUCUUCACCGAUUUUCUGUGCAUGGCACCAAUAUCUUUUUUUGCAAUAUCGGCAUCACUCAAGCUUCCUCUCAUCACUGUGUCCAAAUCCAAGAUCCUCCUGGUUUUGUUCUACCCUAUCAAUUCAUGUGCCAAUCCUUUCUUGUAUGCAAUUUUCACAAAGACCUUCCGCAGAGAUUUCUUCAUUUUACUGAGCAAGUUUGGUUGCUGCGAAAUGCAAGCCCAAAUUUAUAGAACAGAGACUUCCUCAUCUGUCCAUAAUUCCCAUAUGAGAAAUGGCCAUUGUACUCCAGCUUCUAAAACCAGUGAUGGAACUAUUUAUUCAUUAGUUCCUCUGAAUCACUUGAACUGAAAUAUUUGUGUGGAUUUACGUAUAUGGCAGCAUGAUUGUUUUUAACUGUGAAUUUGUAAAAUGAUUUUAACAUAACAUGUAAAGGUAUAUUUUCAAUGGGAAAACAUUUUUAUUUUCUGCUGUACGUUUUAUUUUUAUGAACAGCCAGCAAAAGUGACAUAUCAUCUUCAGUUUUUGAAGGACAACCAACAAAACUUCAGUUAACACUUUUUUGAAGAAUGUCUCAAGAAUGACAAACUCUGGAGAAUGUAUUCUCUCCCCACACUUUUCUAAAGUUGUCCUAGGAUAUGUAAUGCAUUGUGUUUGAGAAUCCAGUGUUGAGUAAGAAUGCAGAAUUAAAAUGUUUUGCUGUAAAACAUACUAGAGAUCUUGUUAAGGGUACAAUAACUUGACAAAGUAGUAAUAUAAACUACACAUUCAUAGAAUCAUAGAAUAUCAGGGUUGGAAGGGACCUCAAGAGGUCAUCUAGUCCAACCCCCUGCUCAAAGCAGGACCAAUUCCUGACAUUCAGCUGACAAAAGCUAAAGUGCAAGAUUAUUUCACUUACCCCCGCACAUUGGUAUUGGAAGAGGAGAUUUUGGUCCACAUUGUUUUUGUUUCCAUCACCAAAGCAGGGGCUAAAAGGCACCUUCAAGUCAGUACUGGUCCAUUUCUGACCCAAAUCCAUGUGAUGGGAAGUGCACGUAAAAGUACACUAGCAAAUGGUUGAUACACUUUUCCUUAGUGAGCUGAAUGUAGUUGCAGAAGUCGCUCUCAUUUCAAAACAACAUUGUUUGAAUCUGGUGAUUAAGAGUAUUUGUGACUUUGUACCACCAGAUUCUGACACGUGAAUGGACAAACACCUUGAUCCUGCAAGUCCCUUUGGGCACCUGUAGCAAGCUGCAUUGAACUUGGAGGGAAGAGCACAGGCUGCAGGAGGACAGAGUUUGGCGGAGGCAACAGCCAAUUUGUAUGCACUUGAUUUGGUUCCUCUAGCACUUGCACCAGGAAAUUGUCCCCUACACUUUCCAAAAACUUCCUGGAUUGUCUAUGCACUGCUGUAUUGCUCUCCCAGCAGAUAUUGGGGUGAUUGACAUCCCCCAUGAGAACCAGGGCAUUUCCACCUUAUCCCCCUGAUAUGGUGGUCUAUAGCAGACUCCCACCAUGACGUCACCCUUGUUGCUCACACUUCUAAACUUAAUCCAGAGA